AGAAUCCAAACGCAGCACAAGCAGCAGCGACCAGACGAAGAUGCAGCGAGACAAAACAAGCAACGCCGGCGGGGCUGAAAAGCCCGACCGGGAGGCCGCCAUCAUGUCGAAAUACUACGAUGGAGUGGAAUUUCCUUUCUGUGACGAAUUCUCCAAAUAUGAGAAAAUGGCCAAGAUAGGACAAGGGACCUUUGGGGAGGUGUUCAAAGCCAAGCACAGGCAGACGGGGAAGAAGGUUGCACUCAAGAAAGUUUUGAUGGAAAAUGAAAAAGAAGGGUUCCCAAUCACAGCUCUGAGAGAGAUCAAGAUCCUCCAGCUGCUCAAACAUGAGAAUGUGGUCAAUCUGAUUGAGAUCUGCAGAACCAAAGCUACUCAGUUCAACAGGUACAAAGGCAGUAUCUACCUGGUGUUUGACUUCUGUGAACACGACCUUGCUGGGCUGCUGAGCAAUGCCAAUGUGAAGUUCACCCUGGCAGAGAUCAAGAAGGUCAUGCAGAUGCUGCUUAAUGGAUUGUACUACAUCCACAGAAACAAGAUCCUUCACAGAGAUAUGAAGGCAGCCAAUGUGCUCAUCACCAGAGACGGUGUCCUGAAGCUGGCAGACUUUGGUUUGGCUCGAGCCUUCAGCCUGGCUAAAAACAGCCAGGGGAAUCGUUACACAAACCGUGUGGUCACACUGUGGUACAGACCUCCAGAGCUGCUCCUAGGUGAGCGAGACUACGGCCCCCCCAUUGACCUGUGGGGAGCAGGCUGCAUCAUGGCAGAGAUGUGGACCAGAAGUCCCAUCAUGCAAGGCAACACUGAGCAGCACCAGCUGACUCUGAUCAGCCAGCUGUGUGGCUCCAUCACUGCUGAGGUGUGGCCUGGUGUGGAUAAGAAAUAUGAGCUGUACCAGAAGAUGGAGCUGCCUAAAGGCCAGAAGAGGAAAGUGAAGGACCGCCUCAAAGCUUAUGUCAAAGACCCGUAUGCCCUGGAUCUCAUAGAUAAACUCCUGGUCCUGGACCCAGCACAGCGCACUGACAGCGAUGAUGCACUCAACCACGACUUCUUCUGGUCCGACCCCAUGCCAUCAGACCUGAAGAACAUGCUCUCCACCCACAACACCUCCAUGUUCGAGUAUCUGGCCCCACCCAGACGAAGAGGCCACAUGCCCCAGCAACAGCCCAAUCAAAACCGAAACCCAGCCACCACCAGUCAGACAGAGUUCGAUCGAGUGUUUUAGUGGAGAAGUUUAUGACGACUAGUUGGCCUGAUUUGAUAUAACGAAGCUUUUGUCCCGGCUGUUCGAAAGUUGAGGAAAGCUGCACAUUCCGUCUUGACUUUACCUGCAGUUUCUCUCAUGGUAACUGUUUGUGCGAAGUAUGUAUACAGUAAGUAACUGUAUGGCAAAAGGUGCAGGUUGCUUGGGUUCACCAGCGUUAAGACUGUUCACAGUUAUGCACAGCUUUUUGCAAGCCAAGCGAAGAAGAUAGUUUGGGUGUGUUUACCCAAGUUUUAAUUUUGAUGGCUAUGUUUUUUAGUCCAGUAUAUUCCUUUUUUUUUGCAAUUUCACAUUUGUCAUAUCGUUUUCUAUGAUAAAUGCUUUUAUUUACAGGUUGUGCUCUGUUUCAGGGUCCUUAUUUAUGAUGACUGUUAGUUUUAUUUAAACCAUUUACACUGUCAGUACAAACAGCCAAAAGUGGUAUACUGCAAAUAAAAAUGUUUAUUUUCACAAAAAAUAUUUGGCUGCUAGUGAUCAUGUGAUCAUUUCAACUUAAAGAUUUUACAUAUGAAAAGAUAUGAUCCCUUGGCAGAUUGCGAUGCACUGUGUUGAGGUUAUAGAUUAAAUCAAAUAGUAUGAAUGUAAGAGGAAGAUGAGCCCCCCAUAAUAUUUUACUGUUCUAUAAUUGUGUUCUUUUGUGAUACAUUUUAUUUUUUAAAAUGGCAUUUCUAUCUGCAUAAGACAUAGCACUGACAAGCACGUGUUAUUUUCAUGCCUCACCAGCAGAGGGAGCACCCCCUAACAUGAGCACGCCAGAACUCUGUGAAGUGCCUGGGCCAGUUAGAAUAUAAAACUCUAUCUGUAAACACGGGGAAAUGAGAUGGAAGUUACAGUAAUAUUGUUUUGUUGGUUAUUCUCAGUGUUAACACUAUGCAGAGCUCUGUAAAGUGCCUGAGCCAGUUAGAGUAUGAAACGCACCCAGACAGACGUGUCACUGUGUGCUAUGUAUGGUUACAGAGUGGUUUCAUUAAAGCUCAUGAAAAUCCACA